UCAGGAGCCGUAGGCUGGCACUGUGUCGAAAUGGCCGAUGACAACGAAGACCUGCAGGCGGAUGAAGAGCUCCCAGCUCCAGCUGAGGACAGCUUUGAGCAGCUGGAGAACGAUAGCCCUGCUGAGCGCAGCGGGCACGUGGCAGUCACUGAUGGACGCUGCAUGUAUGUCUGGGGAGGCUAUAAGAAUGCCCAAGUUAGGGGAUUUUAUGACUUCUAUCUGCCUAGAGAUGAAAUAUGGAUCUACAACAUGGAAACUGGAAGAUGGAAGAAGAGUAAAACAGAGGGAGAUGUUCCACCUUCCAUGUCUGGAAGUUGUGCCGUGUGUGUAGACAGAGUGGUGUACCUGUUUGGAGGACAUCAUGCACGUGGCAAUACAAACAAGUUCUACAUGUUAAAUUCCAGAUCCACGGACAAAGUGCUGCAGUGGGUCAGAGUAGAGUGUCAGGGGGUACCCCCUUCAUCAAAGGACAAACUUGGCGUUUGGGUUUACAAAAACAAGCUAAUAUUUUUUGGAGGCUAUGGUUAUUUUCCUGAAGGGAAACAACGGGGAACUUUUGAAUUUGAUGAAACCUCUUUUUGGAAUUCAGGUCUUCCUAGAGGGUGGAAUGACCACGUGCAUGUUCUGGACACUGAAACUUUUACUUGGAGCCAGCCUAUAACUACGGGUAAAACUCCGUCACCACGAGCAGCUCACGCCUGUGCUACAGUUGGGAACAGAGGCUACGUGUUCGGUGGCAGAUACAGAGAGUCCAGAAUGAACGAUCUUUACUAUCUGAAUCUGGAUACGUGGGAGUGGAAUGAAAUAAUCACGCAAGGCAUUUGCCCAGUUGGCCGAUCGUGGCAUUCUUUAACACCAAUUUCCUCAGACCACCUCUUUCUCUUUGGAGGAUUCACCACUGACAAGCAGCCAUUAAGUGAUGCUUGGAUUUAUUGUAUCAGCAAGAAUGAGUGGAUACAGUUUGAGCAUAACUAUUCUGAAAAACCAAGGUUGUGGCAUACCGCUUGUGCAAGCGAAGAGGGAGAGGUGAUCGUCUUUGGGGGCUGUGCCAACAACUUACUUGCCCAUUCUAAAGCUGCUCACAGUAACGAAAUACUUGUGUUUUCUCUACAACCAAGAUCUCUUGUAAGGCUGUGCCUCGAAGCAGUCAUUUGCUUUAAGGAGAUGCUGGCCAGUUCCUGGAAUUGCCUCCCCAAGCACUUGCUGCACAGCGUCAAUCAGCGGUUUGGAAGCAACAACACAUCGGGCUCCUGAGCCCUCUGCAGACGUCUCUGCACGAGCUGCGCGUGGAUGAGCAGUUCUACGAAGGUGUAAUAAUUUUACCAAGUGUGGCAAACAUUAAACUUGUAUAGGUUACAGAUCUGUAUUGUUGUAGGUAGUCGCUUCUUGCCUUUAAGUUGCAUGUGAAUGGCCUAGAGAGAACCUAUUUUUGUGUAAAGAUGUUUGCAAUAAAUGUAUUUAAUGCAAGUGGAGAUGUAUCCUGUGCUUAAGCUAAAACUAGUUCUGGGUUUGUCCACCUUGAAGUACGUGCGAGGGCCAGCCCCGAGCAAGAAGCUGGGGCGUGCAUGUGUGGAAAUACUUGUUACGGAGUCCCUAGUCAAGGACCCGAGGACUUUAGUGGUUGUGCACGCCACGACUGUUGAAGAGGAGUGUUGCUUUAGUCUAGGCUGAACGGCUGAGUGACGGGUGAGCAGUCCUGUUCUAGUCUACAGCGUUAGGAAACUGUCUGCUUAACGCUUUGCCACAAAUGCUUAAGGUCAGAGAAAUGGGAUUUUGGAAAUUGUGUGUUGUCAGAGCUGAUAAACUGUCGUGAACCUUCAGAUGUUAAAGCUCCACUACUCUCUGCUUGUUUGUAGUUUUGAUUUUUUGGAA